CUCGACUAGCAAAACCCUCGAAGAAAUCGCGGAGAAAAACGCGGCCGAUCUUGCGUGCCCGGCUCGUCCCUCGAGUGGGCGCCAUGCCGUCGAUGAAGCGGCCGGCGGGAACAGAGUUGGAGACGACACCUGUGAAGAAGGCAAAGAGCGUUGGUGUCUCAUGGACUAAGGGGCCUCUCCCACUUGAUGCCAAGCUCAAGCGAACGGAGGUGACAUCGAAUGCCUCAUACAUGGACAAGCGCAGUGACCAGUGUGAUGGCCUCACUGUCAGGGAGUCAUUGACCUUGCAGUUCAAGAAUGCCUCUGGAGAGAAGGUUGCCUACAAGAAGAGCGAUUUGCGCUAUGACCUGCAAGCGAAGCGUUUGGAGCUGGUGCCGGCUGUGCCCAUGAAGGUCAGCUGCUCGCUGGUGAAGGUCAAGCACACGUCAGCUGCUGCUUCUCUGGCCAGUGGUGUUCCACUGCACAACGGAGUCCUCAUGCCGGUGGUGGGCUUCGGCACCUACAAGCUGUCGAAGUCGGAGGUGAUCAAGCCCUUGGUGAACGCCUUGAAGAUGGGUUACCGCUUGAUCGACACCGCCCAGGUCUAUGAGAACGAGCAGGGCGUAGGUGAGGCGAUUCGGCAGAGCGGCGUGGCACGGGAGGAUGUCUUCAUUGAAACGAAGGUUUGGCGCUCCAGCCAUGGCUACGAGAGGACCAUCAAGGCCUGUAAGCAGUCGCUUCGCAAGCUGGGCGUGAACUACCUGGACCUCUAUGUCAUUCACUGGCCUGGGCCCAAAACCGGUUGGCCUCUCAAGCGAGGUCAGGUGUGUCCUCCGGACUGGACUCCGGCGAUGCGGGACAAGGGCACCUGGCGCGCCAUGGAGGAGCUCUACGAGCAGGGCCUCGUGAAGGCCAUCGGGGUGACGAACUAUUCCUUGCGGCAUUUGAAGCAGCUGCUGAAGACCUGCAAGAUCAAGCCCAUGGUGAACCAGGUGGAAUUUCAUCCACGCUUAGUUCAACAAGAGAUGCUGGACUUCUGUCAGAAGCAUGGCAUCGCGCUGCAAGCCUAUGCCUCCUUGGGAUCUGGCGAUGCGAAGCAGGCGGAGGACUUCUUCGCGUUUCCACCGGUGCAGCAGGCGGCCAAGGCGCACAAAGCCACGGGAGCCCAGGUUUUGCUGAAGUGGGCGAUGCAGAAGGGCUGCCAUGUGAUUCCCAAGUCGGUGCGUCCCGAGCGGAUGAUGGAGAACGCGAACGUCUUCGGUUUCAAGCUGUCGAGCUCCGAGAUGAAAGCCUUGGAUGGCUUGCACACGGGCACGCGCUACGCGUGGAAGGGGGUGGAUCCCGACACCGUGCAGUGAGCCUGCCGAUGAAGUGAAAAGACAGUGAGGCAGUGCCGCAAGAUUCGUAGUGAAGAUUGGUGGGUGUAGUCACGCAAGUCUACCAUAUGUG